CGUAACUGGUUCCGGUGAAAUGUUAGCUAGCUACAGAUUGAGAACGACUUGGGCUAACCGUCUCGGCUGUCCGUGCUAACAAGCUUUAGUGUCGUUUAUUUAUCAAGGAUUUCUCGUCUUGACACAAAUAACAUCUUUUAACGCAACAACAAAACUCUUCUACAAGGUUGCAAAAAAAGCCCUCUUAUGCCUCGAGGAGGACUAAGCCCCGGACUCCAGUUUGUCAUGGAUGUACACUCCACUGUGUGACUGCAACUUUUAAAUGUUGGGGACUGAGCAUCAGAUCUCAUCUGUCAACAUGAAGCCUGUCAACUAUCACAGCAUGUCGCCGUCUGUCAACGGUGGACAUCCAAGCUUGGCUUUAGAUCGCGUCCUGAACACUUCAAAUGUCAUGUGUUGUGAGAAAUGUGGAUUUGCUACGACAGACCUCGCUGUUUUCAGGAAGCACAGGCUGGAACACAUGGAAACGAGGUUUUACUGCUUCUACUGCAACAAUGUCUCCUUCAGUAAAGCAGAAUUAAACAUUCACUUGAAGCAACACACUGCAACACAUCCCUUCUCAUGUCCUCACUGUGGACAGGGUUACAUGAGGAAGCUGUGCCUUGUGAAGCACAUAGAGCGUCUACAUAGUAAAAGUAUUAGUCAAGGAGCUGCUAAGCCUGGCACAACAAACAUUCCACAUGUUUCUGUCUCCGGUGCCUUACCAAGUGUGCCCACUGCUGAUCCGUCAUCACUCCGACCUACUGUCCGGGUGACAGUGCCCAGACCGAGUGCACCUGCUGUCAGACUGAACAGGGGUGAGCAAAGAGGGAAAACACUGGACAAUAACACAUCACAUGCCUCUAAUGGUAAAGCAGAACUUUUGCCCCCUUUUAAUGGACUCAUUCAGCAGAACAGGGCUCUGACGCUCUCCCUUCCAGAAGAAGUAAACAUCCCUGCCGGCUGUUUGGUUGAAUUUGUGGAGGUGAGGACUGUCAAUGGGACCAAGGAGCUUAAACUGAGGCUGGUCUCUCAACAAGAAAGUGAGUCAGUGAUAAAAGACACAAGGACCACCGUCUCUGAAAACACUCCACUUGGGAGGCCAUUGCCUUCCACAUUUAGCCAUCCAAUCACAGCAAAGUCUGUGAGUUUGGGGACAUGCACUGUAAACAGGAAAUCUUAUGAAAUGAAGAACGUGAAUGCGGAGCUGCCUGCUGUUGUCCCAGUCAAGAUCAACAAAAACCUGCUGGGUCAAGUUAGCAAAGAAAAAAAUGGACUGAAAAGACCAUCCGGAGAAAUAAUUGACUUGGAAGGUAACUCCAUCAUUCCAAACAAAGUUCCUCACAGCAUCUUUAAUUCUGUGAGAGAGGGAAGUAAUGGGCUCAAAUUUAUCCAGAGAGAACCUGUGAAACAAAAUGCAGCUGCGCCCACUGUCACCUCCAUCAGAGCCCCCAACAGGCUGCCAGUCAACCUGCACCCAGAAAACAUGGGAGCCUGUGUUUCUCAGAGAGCAGCAGAGCAGAGAAACAACUUAAUGCCGCUGCAAUCCAAGAAUCUUCCCGCACAGAGAACAGUGGAGUUAAAAAGUGUGCCUCGGGAUGCAAUGAUGGCUGCAAAGCUGGAACCUAGGGUCCGCCUCAACCACAACACUGCCUUAAACUUGAAGAAAGAGGCAGUGGGCAUGAGCCAGCAGAAUUCAAAAUCAGCGUCUCCUUCCUUGAGUGUUUCUUCAGUCCCAGUGGUCCAACUAACACCUAUGAUAAAUCUCUGUAAAGAGAAAGUUUCAGGUCUGUCUCUUCCCUCAUCCAGGGCCAAAAAUGAGCCCUUGUUGAUGAAAACACCUGCGCUCUGUAAUGGCCCCAGUUCAAAGAUUUCAGCCUGGACACAGGAUGUCAGGCUAAAGACAAAAGACAGAGAAAGGGAAGUCUCGGAACCUGAGUCUUUCCCUGUCAUCUCAUCUGUGUUUUCAUUAAGCCAGCAACCAGAGGACGUUCAAGGCUCCAUCCAGCCGCUGGUAAUGGCUGCCCUGCGUGGGAUAGCCAUGAAUAUAAGUUCUCCGACCACGACUCAAGAUCACAGUAAGAUCAAGAACAGCACAGACCUGGUGAAGGAGCUGCCAACGCUGGGGCACUGUGCUCAGGUGUCCACAAAAAAUGGAUUCUUAACCCGCAACUCUUUAUUGACUCACCAGACCUGUGAGCCUAUAAAGAUAGAGGAGCCUGAUAAAGGUAUUCAGCCCCCUCCUGCACUCAACCAUAUUCAUAUCAAGGAGGAAAAAAAGAGCAUACAGCCGUCAGAAGAAAAACAAAUUCAAAUUCCUGAUUUAAAACCUUUAAAAGAUGAGAAGCCUGUUUCUAAAAUUGCAGUGCAUGUGAACGCGUCUGCAGAGUCUGCACAGCAAACGGAGAAAAGUGAGCACCACAUCUCCUCAAAGUUCCUGACUGUCUCUUUGAAAAGGGUGCAAGUAGGUGUGUGGAAAAAAAGCAAGAAGGGGCUGAAGCUUAAAAUAUCCAAAUGUAAGACUCAGGGACCUUUGGGCGGUCUAACUGAUUGUGCGGUUAUAUAUCCGAUGCCCCUAAAAGAGGACCAGCUGGUAAAACGACCAGGACCGAACCAGCCUGUGGUGGUUCUCAACCAUCCAAGGCCUCGGGCCUCAGUACAGGCAGCAAGAGUGGACUCUUUAUCAGACACAGGACCCCCAAAGUGCCAAAUCUUAAAAAUGAGGCUGAGCAAAGUGAUGGGGCAGAAGUAUGAGGUGAUGGGCUGUACUGUUGGAGUCUUUUCAUAAGGUUAGCAGACGAUGUACGAUAAAUACAAGUGUAAAUUAUGACCUGGUAUUAAAUGGGGACAUGCUGACUUUAAAUAAACACAAUAUUAGGGCAGUUAUUUUCUUCAUGGGAGUGUAAAAGUAUCAAGAGAUGGACAUUUGAACAUCCCUGAGCAUUACGUGGUACAUAUUCAGUUAUUUAUAUAGGCAUGGCGUAUUCAGGUGUAAUGCAGUGCUACUGCUUGAAUGAUCUCGGAUCAUCUGCUGUGUUAGAUUGCAGUCGGUUCUGAACAGAUGUGGAGCAGUGUUGCGGAAGUUCGACAAAUAAGUAGACCUGUCAGAGUUGAGUACACGAUGCAUGCUGUUUACUUCAACAGGAAAUAAUACAGUAUUUAUUUUUUGUUUGCAGCAGAGAUUCUUUACUGUUAAUUCAGCCCCCCUCUCUUCAAAAUAAGACAGGAAUCAGUAAAGUAUAGAUGAGAAUGUCAAAUAUUUUGUGCAGAAUUAGUGGUGGUUGCCAAGUUAGUGAAGAUGAAGUAUUUAAUCUCUGAUGGUAUUGAUCUAGUUUGAGCCCCUUGUGCAAUGUUAGGCAGAGGACAUAUUUAUAUAAAAAGUCUCAUUAAUGGUUUAAUCCCUAUUUUUUUGUUGUUGAUUCUCACAUUAAUAAAACUUUUCAAGUCAUGGGAUUUUUUGCCCCAAAUUUGUCGAUUUCCAGUCACCAUAUGUACACACAGAGUACUUGCUGGUCUAUAAAGUUUGCCCCCUUACACACAUUUCUGUAUUUAAUGUUACGUACGAUGACUGCUGAUUCAGAAGCCGUAUCCCAAAAACAAACACUAAUAAUCAGCCCUGAUGAUUUUACAGCCACCCAACAGGCCAUUCUUAUUCUAAUAGCACUUUCACAUUUGGCUCAGAAGAUGAAACUUUCUCUAAGAUCACAGUCCGUGUCAUAUUUACAGCACUCCUUGUUUUUCAUGAUUCUAUCAUCAGCAAUGUGGUGGUGCAUUCAAACUCUGAAAUGUGGGAUAUGUACAAACAGGAUCGUCAAAAUCAACCAAGGUGUUAAUAAGUGGUGUAAGCUAGGCAUAUUGUUUGUCAUCAGUGUGGAUCUGUUGUGUAUCACUGGGUGUGUAAGAGUAAUGGAGGUUGUCCUUCAAUGGAGGAUUGAGUGGGAGUAAAACAUUUUUUUCACUUUGGUGUUUUAGGAAUGUGCCUCGGCCUUCAAUCAGUAUUUAUCAACUAGCUGGCCAUUCAUAAAAUAAAUGCUUUAAGACUUUAAAUCACCCAGUUGACAAAGUCCCUGAAUGCAUCAUUAGUUUUGCUUUUGAGGAUCUGAAGCUCUUGAAAUUGUGACUCCUUCUAAUAUUUCUGAAAGCUCCUGUGUGGAGUUUUGAACUGUUUAUGAAACUGACUGAAAUGACAAGUUAUCAGUAUCUGUAUUAUGUUUGAGAGCCCGACCAUUACAAGACAUUUCUACGCUGUUGUUUUUAAUGCCUGAAAACAUUGUGUGGGGGUAGGCGUUAGAGGUUUACUGCAGGUUGAAGAAAACCCCUUAAAAAAGCACAGUGAGCGAUACAUUUGAUUGUAAAAAAGAAAGCAGGAUAAGAUCUGUCUGUUGUAAACAUGACUCAUGCAUGUACAGGACAAGAUGAGCAAAGAGGUGGGAGGUAUUCCUUUGUCCACAGGGAGUGCAGCAAAAAACAACACAUACAGAAAGUUGCACACAGGAGCUUUAAUCCUCCAAUGAAAAGAAAGAACAACUUUUUCAUGAGUGUUUAAAUCUCAACCAGAAGUAACAACAGGCACGAAGCGACAGAGUCAAGUUGAAUGCAUUUGUACUAGAUUGUUAAGUCCAUGUUAAACCCGACUUUGAGGAUUCAUAUGUUUAUUUUAUUUAUUUUGACUACAUUCGUGUUUUUUAUGUUAACUCUUAAUGUCCUAAUAAGCACAGAUAUUUUGGGGAUGAAUUUAUUUGAGUCCACUUUCCUGAGAACAAGUGUUAAAGCUGAAAAUGUCCUCUUGGAUCAUUAUUACUCCUUGUGCCAAACAUACAGUGUGCUUCCCUCAGUGUCAUCAACACUGGUGUGUAUUCUCUUUGAAAUGAAAGAUGGAGCUCCUAGAGUGUAACGCAGCAGCUGGAUUAUUCCUGUAACUACAAGCCAUGUAUUUUUUUUUAUUCAUUCUAUCUUGAGGCAAUGUACAUACACUCAGAGACUGUGGUCAUCGGGGCCCUUGGUCACCUGUAUAUUCCUCCAUCCUCUAAAUGGACAUAAGCAAUCUUCUAUACAGACACUUUUCAGAUCCGUAUCUCUUCUUAAGGAAACAUUGCAACACCUGUGCAUUCUUGUUUAUAAUGUAAUCUUCACGUAUAAGGUGCUAGACCUGUGGUUAUAUUUGUAGGUCUUGGUUGCCCAGAGUUUUUAUUGUGUAAAUACAUUUUUGGUCACUGACAGAUUUUAUUGUGUAUGUACCUGUAAAUAAAGAACCUGAGGACGAGUGUUCAUACUAACAGCAGUUAUGUUGUGUUUACUGUCCUCACACUGUAGGCUGCUGUUCUGUGCUGUCUUUGCUGUAUAUAAUAAUAAGGUGUGAGCGUUCCCUCUUAAUGUCUUGCUUUGCCUUUCGGUCACUCUUGUUUGAGAAAUAUUUAUGUUCCAGUUUAAACUUCUCUUGUUUUUUUUAUCGUCUCUGUUGUAGUCAUUGUGCUCCAUGCUUUUAUAAAAGAAUGAUGUAACUCCACUUUUUUAAUUAAAGAAAAGUGAAAUGA